AUGGCUGUGAUGCUGUUGUUGUUGUUGUUGGUCGGGGGAGAGGGACAUGUCGCGGAGGAAGAGGAGGAGGAAGCGAGAGGGACGAGCGAGCGACGAGAGAGAAGAAGAGGACUGGACGGAGCAAGAGAAGACGAGCAGGAGAAGAAGAAGAGGAAGACGAAGACGAGAAGAAGAAGAGAACGAACGCUUGCGAAGGGCUUAGGGGGUGAAGCAGGCCAGCCCAGCGCGGCGGGAGCGGAAGAAGACGAGCAGCAGCAGCAGCAGACGAUGAAGCCCCUGAAAGCGCGUAUCCAUGAGAAGCGUAGACGUUGUAGACGUUUGGCUACGAUGAGGCUUGGGCCGUUGGACAUGCUCAUCCUGACCGUCGGAUCGAAGCCUCUCAGCGGCCUCCACGACUGCGCGCAGGAGCAGGGAAGACAGCAAGAACAGAGCAGCGAGUCGGGAGUCUUCUCUCUCACGGCCUCUCUUAUACGCAAGCAUAUGUAG